CAAGCGCACACAUUAUGUAAUUUUCGUGUUGUGGGUCUUUGUGGUGUCAAGAUCUGAGCCUGAGUCCUCAUUAUAAUGGCUGAAACAGAGCUAUUGGACGGUGGGAGCACAAAGCCUCCAGUCACAGGUUCAACUCCUUCAGGCCCCCUGGGAUCCGAUACUCCAAAACUGCCUCUUCUCCUGAGGUUUCCAGUGGAUGGCGAAGAACACGUGAACAUCAUGAAGAGGAUCCGAUCUAAAUAUCGUCAGUUUGGCAUCAUGCUCCUUGAAGAUGACACAGGAGAAGAGACCGAUAUUAUCAUUACCAGAUGCAGGGAUGAUAUUGAGGCCAUAAACACAGAAAUAGCCAUGAAGUGGCUGCAAGGAAUAGGGAGAUCUCCAUGUACCUGGGAUACUCUAGUCACUGUCCUGGAAGAUAUUGGACUGAAAGGACUCGCCUCCAAGAUUAGAAGCAAUCUGCAAUAAACUGUAUAUUGUUAUGCAGAGCU